CCCUGCGCUACUGUAUCCCAAUCAAAUAUCUAUUUUUGAGGGUUCUUCAAUCAGCUGUACUUAAGUAAAUAAGAAUUCAGGAGUCAGUUGAUGGGGACCACAUCACAAAAGUGUAAUUUAUGAGUAUCAUUUUUUUAUCACAUGCUUGAAGCUUGUCCAUACUUGCCUCAACCAUUGUCAAGUUUGCUGGUUUCCGUAAUAUAGGAAUAAGGUAGCUAUUGACUACUGCCUUCCGCAGAUAAAUAUUUCCUCCAAUGUAGCUGGUGUCUGUGUUGCCUGAUACUGUGGCACUGUGGGACUAGGCUCUUCACAUUCUACAAAUUACCUUUGAGGCUAGACAGUGACAGCUGCCUCAGGCUAUCAUUUUUGUCCUUAAUUGUGAACUGGAAUUUUUCUAGCCAUCCAGGAGGAUCUUUGAAAAAGUUGGGUAUUUUUUGUUUGAAAAGGUAAUUGUACAAUGAGGAUUUUCAUCGCCUUUGAAGGAUCUUUUGAACCGUUUGAUGUUUCAGCAGAUGAAACUGUGGAGGUUGUCAAGCUGAUGAUAAAGACAAACAAGGCAGGCGGUAUCUGGAGUUAAUGUAUGCUGGAGCUGCUCUAAAGGAUAGUUGGAGUCUUGCUGAUGUUGGAAUAUCUUUCUGUUCAACUCUCAAAUGCUUUGUUAAGGAAGAAGACAAGCCUACUCUAUACGUGUUCAAUGCUGUAACUCAAGACACAAUGCCAGUAAUGGAGAGCAUUUCCCUUCUUGAUAAAACAGUGUCUGAUCUGAGAACACUGGUAACUCUGAGAUGUGGCCUCCCUGCACAACACUUCGCUUGGACGUCUGGGAUGGAUGGAAGGAAUUUCUGCUGGGUUGUCUCCUUGGACAAAAACUUAAAGUCCAACGCUACUUAUCAAAAGAAGGACCAGUACUCAAGUAUCAGAAAAGGGUAGCCCUGUACAUUGCUGCUUUUUGUGGGUACAUUGAACUCACUGAAUGGGCCCUGAAGCAGGGUGUGCAGCCCCACGAGGCGGUCGGUGUCCACCCCUAUCGAGCAUGGUGCCAUGAAGCCCUUCAUGCAGAUGUCUCUAAAUGCCCCAUUCAUGCAGCCGCAGAAGCAGGCCAACUGUUGAUUCUGAAGGCCUUUGUCAACUGCAGUGUGCUGUGCCUGGAAUGCAAAAAUGCAGCAGGACAAACUCCCCUGACCAUUGUGUUCAAACACAAGCAUAAAGACUGUGUAUUAUAUUUGCUCAGUAAAAUGUGGUCCACAGUUUCUUUUCCAAAAAUUUCAGUCCCAAUGAGGAUUUAUAUUAAAAUAAAACAAUGGAUCCUCAGAGCUCAGAGUCACAGUCUUCAUAAAAGCCAGUUUUGUGGAGCAAGGGUCUUUGGGGCAAAAGUUGGAGACAUUGUGAUGGUGGAUGGUUUCACCAAACCAAAAAUGACCUCCAAGAGCUGGCAGAAGUAUGGGAACGGCGACUCACAAAGCAUCGUGCUCAAGCUACCAUCUCUCAGCAAACAAACUGCAAGCAGCAAACCUGUCAAUCCUUUGCCAAUUUCACAGCCGGACACAAGAGAACAAGCCUUCAAAUUUCAUCCACUGGUGAAUGCAAGUACAUUCUCUGAAUUGCAAAAACAUCAACAACAAAAUCAGAAAAAAAUUACUGCCACAGCUAGGAAAAAAGAAAAGCUCAUAAAAAACACAUAUCUUCCCCAAGUCCCCCUCCCUCCAGUUUCAAGAGUGGGAUAUUCACAUCCAUCGUUUUUCUAUGCAACACCCAGUGCUGACUUUUUACUGAAGUCCUCCUUCUCAUCUUUCUCAGAGCACAGUGGGAAGACUCUAAGGGAGAAUGCAAUCUACUGCUUAGCUGUGGCAAGUGCCUUUAAAGAGAAACGAUGGCUUCAGCAGUUAGAAAUAGCAAGAGUCCUGGCCAAAAAGAGCAUUUCUAACUUCACUACCUGAGGAGGUCUGACAGCAUGUGAAAACUCUCUAGAAAUUGUGCUUUGAAAAGUCAUGACAACUUCAAUUUGGACAAAGACAUGAUCAAACAGA